GCGGGCGGGGCUGGAGGAGGGAGUGGGUGGCCAGGCCUUGCUCCGCUGAGGCGCCGAGGCGUGGCUGCUCCCACAGCACCCAGGUAAAAGGAGCAGACACCAAUUCCUGGCACCGGAGAAGGAACCACGCAGGAGACCCAAGCUCCCAGGUCCAGCCCUGCGCCCCGGCGCUAGUCCUUGGGUCCAUUCAGAGGAUGCGGCGGCUUCUGGGUACCAACUGGGCUGCCCAUCCCGGAGAAGCCAGAGAAAGGGACAGGGCUGCAGCGCCCCAUCCACCUGGGUGGAGGAGAGGACGCAGCGCCAGGUAGGAUGCGGCUCCGCCUACUGUUACCUGCCCGGCCCGGAGGGCGGAGGCUGCGCACCUUGGAACCCUGCCUCUCUCCCCUUCUCUCUCUCUUUCUCUCUCUCUCUCUCUCUCCCUGCGGGUCUCUGAGCCCUCAGCCUUCUCAGUCGAUUUCAGGAAGGAAGCCGGGAGCGGAGGGUUACGGAGCCAGGGCUCCCGACCUCCAAACGCAGCCGAUGAAAGCUACACUUUGGGACUGGACGCCCAGGCUGAAAGAAUUCGUUUGCAAGGAGCUCAGCCAUGUGGCCUCCCAGCCGGAGACAGCUCUGCCUGGCCUUCCUGCUGGUGUGCCUGCUCUCCGUCAGCACCUUCUUUUUCCACCUGCAUGGAGGAAACUUGUUUCCAAAUGGCCUCACUCUCUCUGUCCUGUGUCCAGGCUAUGACCUGCUGAGGUCCCCCGUGGCCAUGGUAUGCCUGCCCCGCCCACGGCAGAUGCGCAAUGCCUCCCCCUCCUGUCCCGAGCAGCUCUCCUCACUCCCGGGGACCUGGACUAUCUCCCCAGGAGGCAGGUUUGGUAACCAGAUGGGGCAGUAUGCCACACUGCUGGCCCUGGCCCAGCUCAAUGGCCGCCGGGCUUUCAUCCUGCCUGAGAUGCAUGCCACGCUGGCCCCCGUGUUCCGCAUCUCCCUGCCGGUGCUGGACCCUGAGGUGGACAGCCUCACACCGUGGCAGCACCUAGCCCUCCACGACUGGAUGUCGGAGGAGUACUCCCGUCUGGAGGACCCGUUUCUCAAGCUGUCCGGAUUCCCCUGCUCCUGGACCUUCUUCCACCACCUCCGGGAACAGGUCCGCAGGGAGUUCACACUGCAUGACCACCUCCGGGAAGACGCCCAGGGCCUGCUGAGGGCACUCCGCCUGGGCCCCGCUGGCAGCCGCCCUCACACCUUUGUGGGUGUCCACGUGCGUCGUGGGGACUAUCUGCAGGUGAUGCCCAACCGCUGGAAGGGCGUGGUGGCCGACCGGGCUUACCUGCAGCGGGCCAUGGACUGGUUCCGGGCCCGCCACAGAGACCCCAUCUUUGUGGUCACCAGCAAUGGUAUGAAAUGGUGUUUGGAGAACAUCGACACGUCCCACGGUGACGUGGUCUUCGCUGGCAAUGGGCAGGAGGGGACGCCGGGGAGGGACUUCGCUCUGCUCACACAGUGUAACCACACCAUCAUGACAAUUGGCACCUUCGGCUUCUGGGCUGCCUACCUCGCCGGCGGAGACACCGUCUACCUCGCCAACUUCACCCUGCCGGACUCAGAGUUUCUGAAGAUCUUCAGGCCUAAGGCUGCCUUCCUGCCCGAGUGGGUGGGCAUUAAUGCAGACUUGUCCCCACUGCAGGCUCAGGUUGACCCUUGGGAGUCAGACAGUCUUUUAAGAUUAGUCUGACCCUGCAGAGUCAGCCAUCCGUGUCUCUCUGCUUUGGAGUGUGUCUGCGGAAGUCCCCGAGUCGGGGACACUCAUUUCCAGGCUUCCAGAUGAGGGGCUUUCUGGAAACGCUGAAAUGCUUUACAGACACUCCAACCGGACACCGUUUCGUCACGGUUGGAGAAGCCCAGGUCAGCACUGUAAGCCACAAGCCUUCUGACCGCCCUGGCUCACCUCUUCAGAACCUCUGGGAAGCUGCUUCUGGGCUUCGGAGGCUGAAGAAACUCCUGACUCACCAGAUGGCCUCCUGGGUUUCUGGAGCCAUUCUACGGGGGUUGGUGGUUGUUUCUGAGUACCUGGUCCAGUCCCUGUGCCCCUGCAGUGAAGAAUUUAAUGACGGUGCAUACCUCCUCACUUCCAGAAACAUGGAGCUAUGAGCACCUUUCAGGAACCAGCAUUGUUAGAAAGAUGAGAACAAUCUGAGCAAAUCUGAACUCUAUCCAGAGAAUUCUGGCCCCAGAGAAAUGUCAAAGACUUUUACUUAGGGAAGGGGGAGUAAACAGGUGAAAUGUGGGGAAGGGGAGAGAUCCGCUGCUAAGAUGCCGUGCUCUCAGGAGCUAAAGUCCUUAAACAUCCAGGGACUUAAAAAAAAAAAAAAAAAAAAAAAAGAGUUCAAAGCUUAAAUGCACAUAUAGCCCUGGAUUUAGGAUCAAGGAGGUUUCUUUCUCUGAAGAUGCUACAGGGGAUCUAGAGCACGUUUUCUAGAGGUGAACAGGCCUUCAGGGUGUGCCCCUAGGCUUACUAAGCCCCUAAAUCCAGCUGUAAGGUCUGGGGUGAAGGGCCUGAAGGUGGUCCAGACCCCUGAACCCAGCCUAACCCUGCAGAUGCACAGGCUCAGAGGAAGCAAGGGACGUUUGGCUGAGAUCAUGCAUCGUUGAUGCUUUUCAAGAAUGAAGGUGGUUUCCUCAGAUAGCACAUACUCUAACUGUAUUUUCUUCCAAGACAAACCUCUGUUCUUCUCAGGGAGUUUCCCGGCACUUCCCCCAACUUGGCCGGUACAGGCUAGAGAGAGGGAGCAGUGAAUUAAAGCGCCACAUCACCAAUACAUGUAUCUGACGUUUCUGGAACUGUGUACUGCAUGUGUGAGUUUGAGACACAACAGAAGUGCUGUGUGUGUGUGUGUGUGUGUGUGUGUGUGUGUAUGGCUAUUGGGCACAUUCAUGACUCAUGGGUCUACUACUCAGAUCUGGUAACCCUCGCUGCUGGAUUUGUGGUCCACUUUCCCUCAGUACUUUCUCUGAAAACAUCGUUAUUGGCCACCAGA